AUGGCCACCACCACGUGCCAAGUGGUGGGCUUCCUCCUGUCCCUCUUGGGGCUGGCCGGCUGCAUAACUGCCACGGUGAUGGACACGUGGAGCACCCAGGACCUGUACGACAACCCGGUCACCUCGGUGUUCCAGUAUGAAGGGCUCUGGAGGAGCUGCGUGCAGCAGAGCUCAGGCUUCACCGAGUGCCGGCCUUACUUCACCAUCCUGGGCCUUCCAGCCAUGCUGCAGGCAGUGCGAGCCCUGAUGAUUGUCGGCAUUGUUCUGGGCGUCUUCGGUAUCCUAGUGUCCAUCUUUGCCCUGAAAUGCAUCCGCAUUGGCACCAUGGAGGACUCUGCCAAGGCCAAGAUGACACUGACCUCGGGGAUCUUGUUCAUCAUUUCAGGAAUCUGUGCAAUUAUUGGGGUGUCUGUGUUUGCCAACAUGCUGGUUACCAACUUCUGGAUGUCCACGGCCAACAUGUACAGCGGCAUGGGUGGGAUGGUGCAGACUGUUCAGACCAGGUACACCUUUGGAUCAGCUCUGUUCGUGGGCUGGGUCGCUGGAGGCCUCACACUAAUUGGAGGUGUAGUGAUGAGCAUCGCCUGCCGGGGCCUGACACCUGAUCAAAGCAACUACAAAGCCGUGUCUUACCAUGCCUCUGGUCAUAAUGUUGCCUACAAGCCUGGAGGUUUCAAGGCCAGCCCUGGCUUUGGGUCCAACACCAGGAACAAGAAGAUAUAUGAUGGGGGUGCCCACACGGAGGAUGAGGCACAGUCUCAUCCUUCCAAGUAUGACUAUGUGUAA